AACCCUAAAUAUAACCAAUUAUCGCCUCCUUUGCAUCAGAAACAAAUUGGAUAGGAAUCUGAGUCCCCCUGAACUCAACGCCGCCGCAGCUCGUCGUCGGCAACCAGAAACAGAAAGAAAGCUUUUUUCUUUUUCAAAUCUACUAGGAAAAUGUCAGGUGAGGAAGCUGUUGUUGUAGCUGAGCCUGUUGCUGCUGCUGCACCUGGAAUUCCAGGUGAGCCAAUGGACAUCAUGACUGCCUUGCAGCUUGUGCUCAGGAAGUCACUGGCAUAUGGAGGUCUUGCACGCGGCCUUCACGAAGCUGCGAAAGUGAUUGAGAAGCAUGCAGGACAACUUUGUGUUCUUGCAGAAGACUGCGACCAACCUGACUAUGUUAAACUAGUCAAGGCUCUUUGUGCUGAGCACAAUGUUAGCCUGCUGACAGUUCCCAGUGCAAAGACACUUGGAGAAUGGGCUGGUUUGUGCAAGAUUGAUUCUGAGGGAAAAGCUAGGAAAGUUACCGGAUGCUCCUGUGUGGUCGUCAAGGAUUUCGGGGAGGAGCAUGAAGCCUACAAUGUUGUUUUGCAGCACGUGAAAGCUCAAUGAGUUGCAGGAUCACGUUGAAUGUGUGUUUCUUUCCGUUUCAUUUUGUAGCUUUUCCAUCCGAAUGAAUUUUGCUUCUAGCUGGAAUUCUCCUAGGGAUUUCAAAUUUUUAAUAUGAUUUUGCUGCUUCCAGUUGUUAUUGUUACUCUAAUUUAGUUACUCACUUUUGUUCUGCUAUGAUAAUUUUAAGAAUUUAAUCA